AUGGAGAUUUCCUUGAUGUUGUAUACAAGGAAAAACCUCAACUGUGCUGAGCCACUGUUUGAGCAGCAUAACUCACUUAAUGUUAAUUUCAGUAUAAGCAAGAAAACAGUCUGGCUUAUUCAUGGAUACAGACCAACGGGCUCCUCUCCCACAUGGCUUCAGAACUUCCUAAGGAUUUUGUUGAAUCAAGAGGAUAUAAACAUAAUUGUAGUAGACUGGAACCGGGGUGCUACAACUUUUCUUUACAACAGAGCAGUUAAAAACACCAGAAAAGUUGCUGUGAGUUUGAGUGGGUACAUUCGGAAUCUUUUGAAGCAUGGAGCAUCUCUUGGUAAUUUUCAUUUCAUAGGUAUGAGCUUAGGGGCUCAUAUUAGUGGAUUUGUUGGAAAGAUAUUUCAAGGUCAACUUGGAAGAAUAACAGGUCUUGACCCUGCUGGGCCAAAAUUCUCUGGAAAAUCAUUUAAUGACAGAUUAGACUACACUGAUGCCAAGUUUGUGGAUGUCAUCCAUUCCGAUACCAAUGGUUUAGGCAUUAAAGAACCCUUGGGGCAUAUAGAUUUUUAUCCAAAUGGAGGAAAAACGCAACCUGGCUGUCCUAAAUCCAUUCUUUCAGGAAUUCAAUUUAUUAAAUGCGACCACCAGAGAGCGGUUUACUUGUUCAUGGCCUCUUUGGAAACAAACUGCAAUUUUAUUUCAUUUCCUUGUCCUUCAUAUGAAGAUUUCAAAGCUGGUUCAUGUGUAGACUGUGACAACUUCAACGAAAAAUCAUGUCCUAGGCUAGGUUAUCAAGCUGAGCUAUGGGGAGAUGUUUUAAAAGAAAAGAGAGAAGAGACCACUGUGUUUUUGGAUACUACUGGCGCAAGUCCAUUCUGUGCCUAUUAUUUUGUUCUCACUAUAACUGUUCUGGAUAAAACUAUAGAGGAUGGCUAUAUUACAUUUAAAUUAUUAAACCAGCUUGGAAUGGUUGAAGAGCCAAGGCUCUAUGAGAAGAACAGAUCAUUUAAUGAGCUCCAAGAAGUCAAGAUUCUUGCUCAAUUUUUAAAUGAUGUUGUAAAUAUUUCAAGCAUUGGUUUGGCAUAUUCUCAGAGCUCACAUUGGCAAUUUAUCACAGGCAGAUACAAAAUCCAGCGUAUCAUGUUACAGUCACUUACAUAUCCAGAAAGACCACCACUUUGCAUAUACAAUUUUGUACUUAACAAAAAUGAGGAAGUAUUUCUCAACCCGAGCACAUGCACAUCAAAGGAAAUAUAAAAUGCCUUCUUCCAUCAGAUAUAAAAACUUGUUUGCGAAUUAAAGAACUUCUAAAAGAAUGCAUUGUUCAAUCUGGGAUUCAGAUAUUUCUACUUCCUGAAUAAAUUUUUAAAAU